AUGCUCCAGCAACCAGUUCCUGAACUGCGUAGCUUCCAAUCCCUUUCCAAAUAUGCGGGAGGUCCAAGAUCCGUUCUUGGUCGUCGUACAUCAAGUGUGCUUGCAACUCGUCGACCAUCUCAAACUGAUGCAUCAAUCCUUCGUCGAAUCGAAGAUGUGAAAGGCUUUUUCAUGUGGCGCAUGAGUAACCUAUGUGUACUUCAGCAAGGAACCUCCUACGAGCCAUCUGCAUCUCGAUGGGAUAAACAGGUGGAAUGGGGAGAAGAGGAACGCAUCGAGGAUCUGGAUGAUCUACCAUAUCCUGGAUUCACAGAGCCGGCUCUUCGAUGUCUGAGACAGGCGCAACCUCCCCGUUCUUGGGCCCUUACAUUAGUAAUGAGUCCAUGGUUUGACAGAGUCACGAUGUGCGUCAUCCUCAUCAACUGUAUCACAUUAGGAAUGUAUCGGCCGUGCGACGACGGGCCUGACUGCAACACAUAUCGUUGUAAUAUCCUCGCCUUAAUUGAUCACGCCAUAUUUGCAUAUUUCGCUGCGGAAAUGGUUGUGAAAAUCGUUGCACUCGGUUUCACCGGUCCUGCCGCUUACCUUUCGGAUACAUGGAAUCGUCUCGAUUUCUUUAUUGUGAUGGCAGGGAUCGCCGAAUUCUUGUUACAAGAAUAUCUUGGCGGUAAUAUCAAUCUAACUGCAAUACGAACGGUACGAGUACUGCGACCACUUCGAGCAGUGAAUCGGAUACCUUCGAUGAGGAUUCUGGUGAAUCUCCUCCUCGACACACUGCCCAUGUUGGGAAAUGUUUUGCUGUUAUGUUUCUUUGUGUUUUUCAUUUUUGGAAUUGUUGGAGUUCAGCUAUGGGCGGGUCUAUUGCGAAACCGAUGUGUUAUCAAUUUACCAAAAACUAUAUCCGAAAAUCAAACCGCACUAUUCAAUGAUGUUAAACUAACCAGAUUCUAUAUUCCCGAGGAUACCUCGUUAGAAUACAUAUGUAGUCAUGCAGAUGCAAACGGGUUGCACACCUGCUCCAAUCUUCCACCAUAUACUGUGGAUGGAGUGAAGUGUAAUUUAACUAUUGAUGAUUAUGAUAAAGUUAGUGAUAAAGCGUGUAUCAACUGGAAUAUCUACUACAACGAGUGUCAGGUUAUGCAACGGAACCCUUUCCAAGGCUCAGUGUCAUUUGAUAAUAUAGGAUUCGCAUGGGUAGCGAUUUUUCUUGUGAUAUCGCUGGAGGGAUGGACAGAUAUCAUGUACUAUGUCCAAGACGCCCAUUCUUUUUGGAAUUGGAUCUAUUUUGUUCUACUAAUAGUUAUAGGUGCUUUCUUCAUGAUUAACUUGUGCCUUGUCGUAAUAGCAACACAAUUCGCUGAGACAAAGCGACGCGAAACAGAACGAAUGCUACAAGAACGAAAGCGUCUACAGAAUCGGAGCCCAGAUUCCAUAUCUGGAAGUGGCAGUGAUGCUGGUGGCACCUCGUCUAAGGAAGAAGGAGGAGAUACUGUAUAUGCAGCCAUUGUUCGUUUCAUUGGCCACACAUUCCGAAAAACGAAACGGGCUGUUAAGAGGAAAUUUACCGCCUAUAUGAAAGAAAGAAGAGAGAAGAAAAAGACAGAGGCAAAGGAACGACGGAAAUCAAAAUUAGACGACAUGGCGACGUUGUCCAGAAUUGAAGAGCUUUCAGAAGUUGAACCCACGGGCGAAUACGAAACAGCAGGCACUGAAGAGAAGCGCACAAAAAGAAGGCGGUCACGACGAGUAACCAUUGGUGAAGAGCAGGAUAAAAUUGGAAACGGUACUUUCAAUUUUAGUAAAACAAUGACCACUGUACUGAGGAUAAAAAUCGGUCGGGACGAAAAGAUUCUGAUAUGUUACGUUAAGGUUCUGAAGAAGCAGUCGCACGCAUCGUCUCGAUGGCGGUGGUUUCGUGCAAAAGUCCGUCGUUUCGUCGUUUGCGAUCAUUUUACUCGAGGAAUUCUGGUGGCCAUUCUGGUGAACACGUUGAGCAUGGGUGUUGAGUAUCACCAGCAGCCAGAAAUUCUCACUAUCAUUCUGGAAUACUCCAAUCUAUUCUUUACGGGCCUCUUUGCAUUCGAAAUGCUUCUGAAGAUUCUUGCCGAUGGUUUAUUUGGAUAUCUGUCAGAUGGCUUCAACCUUUUUGAUGGCGGAAUCGUGGCGCUCAGCGUGCUGGAGUUAUUUCAAGAGGGCAAAGGAGGGCUGUCGGUGCUUCGCACGUUCCGACUGUUGCGAAUCCUUAAACUCGUCCGGUUUAUGCCGGCACUUCGCUAUCAGCUAGUCGUGAUGUUAAGGACUAUGGAUAAUGUUACUGUAUUCUUUGGCCUACUUGUGCUAUUCAUUUUCAUCUUCAGUAUCCUUGGCAUGAAUUUAUUCGGGUGUAAAUUCUGCAAGGUGGAAGAACGCUUUCUCGGAGGUACAUCGAAGAAAUGCGAACGGAAAAAUUUCGACACACUCCUAUGGGCGCUCAUAACUGUUUUCCAAGUGAGAAUGGUGCUUUUUGGUUACAAGUUCUGUGUACACGACGAAACAGGAUUACAAUGUACGUGCAAGCAGAUAUACAACAAAGAGUGUACUUGUGAUCGCAUGAACUUCGACACAUUUCCUCAUGCCACUCUCACAGUUUUCCAGAUUCUUACUCAAGAAGACUGGAAUAUGGUGUUAUUCAAUGGGAUGGCACAAACAAAUCCUUGGGCUGCUCUCUACUUUGUGGCUCUAAUGACCUUCGGAAACUAUGUGCUAUUCAAUUUACUAGUAGCCAUUUUGGUUGAAGGGUUCCAAGAAAGCAAGGAGGAAGAGAAACGGCAGCAGGAAGAGGAUGCGAAGAAAAAAGCUCAAGAGGAAGAGGAUGAGCGAAAGAAGGAGCUGGAACUUCUUCUGGCAAGAUCCACAUCACCCGCAUUCCUAAAUGGAACUCAAGGAGCUGAUUGCACUUGUGUGCCAAAGCCUUUGGUCCCAUUAAGGGAAGAUAAUCAGGUGAGUAUCCGGUUGAUACAUAUCAAAAGUUUUGUAUUAAGGGGUCAAAGCUUCAGUCUGAAUCGACAUACCUCGCUCGUGCUUUGUGGGCAGAACGGUGGUCCAACUCAUCGUCAACGUAUUCACAGUUGGAGUGGGCUAUGCCAGCAAUUCAAUCCUAAUUGUCCGAUCCAUGGAAGGAGAGCGUUGCUUGAAACUUAUGCUCUUACAUUGCAUUUAACAAUUUAUACAACACCAGUUUCAUUUUUAUGCCUGCAAUUGACUCAGAAGAAAUGGUUCGAUUAUUCAAUCUUAGUCUUUAUCGGUAUUAAUUGCAUAACUCUUGCAAUGGAACGUCCUUCUAUACCACCCCAAAGCCUUGAAAGAAAAUUUUUGACGUUUUCUGGAUAUGUGUUUACAAUAAUAUUCACGCUUGAAAUGGCCAUGAAGGUGAUCGCCAAUGGUUGUGUGCUCGGUCGAGGUGCUUAUUUCAAGGACGGUUGGAAUAUUCUGGAUGGAAUAUUGGUGAUCAUUUCGUUGGUGAACGUCUUAUUUGAAUUGUUCGCCACUGGAGAUUCGCCGAAGAUCUUUGGCGUAAUUCGUGUCUUACGAUUACUUCGAGCACUUCGGCCAUUGCGAGUUAUUAAUCGUGCACCGGGUGUCAAACUCGUUGUCAUGACUCUCAUAUCAAGCUUAAAACCCAUCGGAAAUAUUGUGCUCAUCUGCUGCACUUUCUUUAUCAUCUUUGGAAUUCUUGGUGUACAACUUUUCAAGGGCAUGAUGUUUCACUGCGUUGGACCGGAUAUAGCCAAUGUAACCAACAGAGCAGACUGUCUUGAAGAUCCUCGGAAUAAAUGGGUGAACCAUCGGUAUAAUUUCGAUAAUUUGGGGCAGGCCCUGAUGUCACUCUUUGUGUUAUCGAGUAAGGAUGGUUGGGUUUCAAUUAUGUAUCAAGGGAUCGAUGCAGUGGGAGUGGAUAUACAGCCGAUCGAGAACUACAAUGAAUGGCGAAUGAUCUAUUUCAUUUCAUUUCUACUGCUUGUCGGAUUUUUCGUUCUUAACAUGUUCGUCGGAGUCGUAGUUGAGAACUUCCAUAAAUGUAAAGAAGCCCUUGAAAAGGAAAUGCGUGAGAAAGCCCGAGAAAAAAGGCUCCAACGUAAGCUGAAACGUCAGAAGUAUGAAGAGAGCGUGGCAGGAAGAAAAAAGAAAGUGAAGAAAAACCAGCCCUACUGGCACAACUAUGGAACAACGAGGAUGUUCCUGAACGGUGUUGUAACGUCUAAAUACUUUGAUCUCGCCAUUGCGGCCGUUAUCGGUAUCAAUGUAAUAUCAAUGGCAAUGGAGUUCUACAUGAUGCCGCCUGGAUUGAAGUAUGUUCUGAAAGCUCUGAACUACUUCUUCACAGCUGUAUUCACACUGGAAGCAGCCAUGAAACUCGCUGCUCUUGGAAUCAGACGGUUUUUCUGCGAAGCCUGGAAUCGUCUCGAUAUGUUCAUCGUCUUUCUAUCAGUGGCCGGCAUCAUUUUUGAAGAGUUUGAAGCAUUAGAACUUCCGAUAAAUCCAACUAUUAUUCGCGUGAUGAGAGUGCUGAGAAUCGCGAGAGUGCUGAAAUUGCUCAAAAUGGCCAAGGGAAUACGAUCCCUCCUGGAUACGGUCGGAGAAGCUCUGCCACAGGUUGGAAAUCUUGGAUCGCUUUUCUUCUUGUUGUUUUUCAUUUUUGCCGCCCUUGGAGUAGAGCUUUUCGGAAAGCUUGAGUGCUCAGAAGAUCACCCGUGCGAUGGCUUGGGAGAGCAUGCACAUUUCAAAAAUUUCGGUAUGGCUUUCCUAACGCUCUUUCGAAUCGCCACUGGUGACAACUGGAACGGCAUCAUGAAGGACGCUCUUCGAGAUGAUUGUGACUCGUCAGAACGUUGCGAGACUAAUUGCUGUGUGGAUCCCAUUCUGGCACCGUGCUUUUUCGUCAUAUUCGUCUUGAUUUCACAGUUUGUAUUGGUGAACGUUGUCGUUGCUGUGCUCAUGAAACACCUGGAAGAGAGUAAUAAACGUGACGCAGAAACGAACGAUGGUCAUGAUGGAGGAACAGGUACUGGCAGUUCAUGGGGUUCUGUGGUACAACAUACGCUAAUCCACACAUUGUUUAUUUACACAUUUCCAGGUGCAGAUCCCGCAAAGGAUACAGACAUCGACGAAGGGCCCGUUGAAAAGGAGAUUUCGAUAAAUACACUUGAGCAAGAACUUAUCGAAGUGGAACAUCGAAUAGAAGAAGAAAUUCGGCGACGGGAAAGUACGUGUCAUGGCCAUUUAGAAGCUGAACUCCAACCUCUUUACGUCAACAGCGAUACAUAUAGAGGUACAAAUAUCUAUAAAAUCAUUUCUACAAACGUUUUUUGA